AUGACGACUUCGCUGGUUCUGCAUCCACGCUGGGCGGACACCUUGAUGUACGUUUAUGAAAAAAGCCCGAAUGAAAACAACCAGAAUAAAAGCCAAACAAUGGAGGGACUGAGCGGUAAUUGCCCUGCGACCCACUGCAGGGACCUGAUGUCGCACCCCGCGCUGGGACGACAUUCUGGCACCAUAGCGACCCACCAGGGCUCCGUCUACUCGGAUAUUUCUUCUCCAGACACCGGCCGUCAGUGUCCCGCUCCCCAAACAUCAUCGAGUGCAUCUUUGAGCUACGGUUAUCCAUUUGGAAACCCAUAUUACGGCUGUAGAUUAUCUCAUUCGCACAACGUGAACUUGCAGCAGAAGCCCUGCUCGUACCACCCCGCAGAGAAAUAUGCCGAGCCAAGCACAGCGCUGCCCACGGAAGAACUGUCUACCAGGGCGAAAGAGUUUGCCUUCUACCCGAGUUUCGCCAGCUCAUAUCAGGCUGUUCCCGGAUAUCUCGAUGUGUCGGUGGUGCCCAGUAUCAGUGCCCAUCCUGAACCGCGGCACGACGCCUUGAUCCCCAUGGAGGGCUACCAGCAUUGGGCUCUCUCGAAUGGCUGGGAUGGGCAGGUGUACUGCUCCAAAGAGCAAACGCAGUCAACUCAUCUUUGGAAAUCACCUUUUCCAGAUGUUGUGCCACUGCAGCCUGAGGUCAGCAGUUACCGUCGUGGGCGUAAAAAGCGUGUCCCUUACACGAAGAUCCAGCUGAAGGAGCUGGAGAAAGAGUAUGCAGCCAGCAAGUUCAUCACCAAAGACAAGAGAAGGCGCAUCUCGGCCGCCACCAACCUCUCAGAGCGUCAAGUCACCAUCUGGUUCCAAAACCGGCGGGUCAAGGAGAAGAAAUUUGUCAGUAAAUCCAAGAACAAUCACAUGCACACCACUUGA